CAGUUAAAUCAGGAGUGUGUUCUGCAGAGUUACGGCUGUAUUUCUCAGUUGCUGAACUCUUAAUUAUAUCACGGAAUGGCGCAGAAUAUGUUGCUGUACUGGGGCACGGGCUCUCCGCCGUGCUGGAGGCUGAUGAUCGCCCUGGAGGAGAAGCAGCUGCAGGGCUACAAACACAAGCUGCUGUCGUUCGAUAAGAAGGAGCACCAGAGCCCGGAGGUGAAGGCGCUCAAUCCCAGAGCUCAGCUUCCAACAUUCAAGCACGGAGAGAUCGUGGUGAACGAGUCUUUCGCCGCGUGCCUUUAUCUGGAGAGUGUGUUUAAGUCUCAAGGCACUCGACUGAUCCCAGACAAUCCUGCUGAAAUGGCGCUCGUCUACCAGCGCAUGUUUGAGACCGAGAACCUGCAGCAGAAGAUGUACGAAGUGGCCUUUUAUGAUUGGCUUGUGCCUGAAGGAGAGAGACUGGAAUCUGCUCUGAAGAGGAAUAAAGAGAAGCUGAUUGAGGAGCUCAAGCUGUGGGAGGGAUACCUGGAGAAGAUGGGUAAAGGCUCAUAUCUGGCUGGCAAGAACUUCAGCAUGGCCGACGUGGUUUGUUUCCCCGUCAUUGCAUAUUUCCCUCGACUACAGUGUCCUAAAGAGAGAUGUCCCAGACUGAUGGAGUAUUAUGAGAUGGUGAAGGAUCGGCCCAGUAUUAAAGCCUCCUGGCCUCCAGAGUGGCUGGAGAAGCCGGUGGGUGAAGACAUUCUCAAGAGCCUCUGAGGAACCGGACGAAACAUCACCUUAAUGCCUUCCUGAAGAAACUACCCUUUCACAAAACUAACCGACUGUAUUAAAUUGAGGUUUAUUUAAUUUCCUGCAUAAACAUGUUAACGCUGCAUGAUAUUGGGAAACAUUACAUUGCAAUGUUUUGCUUUUUUACAAUAGUGAUGUUCUAGUUUAGUAUAUCUGCAUAAAGUAUAACAAACUUGAUUAAUGCCAAAACAAAGAAUAAAAAAAGAGAAUUUAAAAAAAUAUAUAUUUUUGGUACGUCUUGACGGUAGUCAGACAGAGAUAUAUUGAAUAAUCAAAUGUAAAGUCACAGUCUUCCAUAUAUAAGUGACAUGCAGCUUAUCUACUGUGUUCAUGCUUUAAACUCAUUCAUGGUAACAGCAUUAAGAAGACAAAAAAUACUCAUGAAAAUGCAGAUAUUUAGCUCCACAAUAACACCUGGUCACCUGUGAUGCCUAUUUUGAUCCUGAACUGUUCUAUUGUGCUGCUGAGAUUGAUGUGUUGCAGAAGGGGAUAGUUCACCCAAA